CUUAUCCCACUGUAUCCAUGACAACAUAUGCAUGACAACGGCUGCAGCUCGACGUCAGGGGCAGCCAUUAGGUGUUUGGUCAGUGAGUCUGCUACCUCGCGAUGUUGACAAGUCACACCUGGUUUUGGACAGCUUACAGGUGCUACAACGCUUAACUAAACUUUAGUAGAACAAGCUGCUGAUCAUGAAGCUGAUUCGUUGGGUAGAAGUGCAUAUCGGACGAUCUCGUAGGAAAGGAAAGAAAGAUCGUGAACGAGAGGAAGAAGCGAAGAAAGAUGAAGCUUCCACACCCGAAUUAUCGAAGAAUACCUGUUGUAGGAGUCCUGCCAAAGAACGCCACGUUCAGAAAACGGAUACUCCGAUUCCAGUUCGGGAUGCUGCUCGACGUACUUUGCACAUUAGAACAAGCUUUUUAGACGUAAGUGACGUGACAAAUUCACCGCGUCAAAGGAGCAGAAUCCGAACAAAUCCCUGGUUUCCCUCCCCGCGUAGUUCGGCUGGCGAUAGUGGACACAGUUCCGAAAAUGCCGAUUCCGUUAGCUGUUCUGGUAGCGUAUUUGGCAGUCAGUCUUCUGGCAGUCUGUGGGACUGUGACGGUUGGGUUUCUCUAUCGUCACUGCGAAGCGUACGCGAUGCUAGUCCUUCAGUUACGCGACCUCUGAGACGACAUAUAGAUAGGUGUCGAGAACCCGAAGAAUCGUCUCCCAUCGGCGGGAGUAUCAAACGUAGCGAUUGGAUUUAUUUCCAGGAAGCUACUAUAGAUCAGUUAGAUGAAGUAGAUAGCAGCGAAGUAGACGAAGCUUAUUCAGAAGAUUACGUACAAUCGGAAGAUGGAGUCGAGGUGAAUGAUUUUCCCUCAAAACCUCAGCCUCCAGAUACUGGAAGUCCCCAAGCGGAUAGUGCGUGUGGUAGCGAUCCCGAUAAUAGCAGUUGCAGUACUACUCCCCUGUCCGAAACAGGGGGAGAAGUAUUAGACGUAACUGGGGAAACAUUGCACGAUAAAGUACAGCGAUUACGUUCGGAACGUCAUUUAGUAGAACGCAAGAUACGCGAAGCUCGGGAGGAGGAGAUGUCUAGAAGGGGAGAGCAAUUGAGAUUGCAACAGGAACUGGUGCAAUAUCGUCGUCUGUUAUUGCUCCAGACAUUGCAGGAGCUGCGUACCAGACUGGAACAACAGGGUGAUCGUUUGCAUAGGGCAUACACGGCAACUUGCGAUUUGCAAGACGCACAGACACGUUGAAAAAGAAGAAAAACGCACACUAUUCAUCUCACAAUACGUGCCAAAGAAUGAGAUUUCUUUUCGUUUUUUUGUGUAAAUAAUGCUCAAUCUGCACGGAGAUCUUAGUAAAGUAUAGGGUAUAUCUUCAUUUAGUAAUAGUCAUUAACAAUCUUGCCUAUUACGGACGUAUGUUACUGUCGUAUAUAGAGAAGGUAGCAUUGAAUUUUUUCAUCUGUUCCCAAUCGAUUGCUCUCACUGCACAUUCCAAAAAUCGUUUAGUGCCAAAAUUGUUGACAUUCCCCCCAUAUCUCCGAUACGGAAAAACGUUGUGUGUUUUAUUUAUUGCUUAUUUAAUAAUGAUGAUAAAAACCACGAAAAUGUGGUAUGACGUUGUGUGUCCUUUAAAAAAAAUAUUGUGAUUGUUAAUGUGUUCUGUUGAAGUAAAAAAAAAAAAUGCGGUUUUGGGAGAAAUUUAUACUUUUGAAACCACAAUGUAAAGAUCUCAUUUUUUCUGAAUACUGGAACCACGAAAUCCAGUUUAUUAAUUUGAUUUUUAACUCUUCAAAAUAUAUUUAUAUCGCAUAUAUAUAUAUAUAAAAAUAUAUAUAAACUUUCUAUGUUAGAAAAAUGAUAGGUUGUGAAGAGUUAUAAAAAAAAAAUUGUGUUGUGUUGGUUUAUUUUUAAACAAUUUUUUGAAUAUUCACCAAGUUAUGACUGAUGUGGUGAUUGUUAUUGUGACAUUGUUAGAAGCAAAUAAAAAUUAUGUAUGAUUCUAUGGGUCGUAGAUCCAGAAAAAAA